AUGGGGUAUUACAGAAAGGGAUGGCCGCAUACCAAAAGUAUUGUAACUGAAAAAGCUAAGUCUUACUGGGAGGUCAGAGAUGAGAUCCAUGUCGUGGAGGACGUAGUGUUUCGGAACGACUUGGUGAUUAUCCCUAGUGGUUUACGGGCCGAAAUGAUCAAGAAGGUACAUGAAGGUCAUCUCGGCAUCGAAAAGUGCAAGAGACGAGCGCGCGACGUGAUGUGGUGGCCGGGCAUGGCGGCCGCCGUGGAGCGCGCGGUGCGCGAGUGCGAGACGUGCGCGCAGCGGCGCGCCUCGCCGCCGCGCGAGCCGCUCGCGCCGCACGCCGACCCCGAUAGGCCUUGGCAGGUGCUCGCAGCUGAUAUUUUUCAGGUAAAGGACAAACAUUAUUUACUCGUGGUCGACUAUUACUCCAAGUACGUGGAGGUGGCCACUAUAGUGGAUUUGAGAAGCGCGACAGUGAUAGGUAUUUUGAAGCCUAUGUUUGCACGUCACGGGAUACCGCAAAGAUUGGUAUCAGAUAACGGUUGUCAAUUUGUGUCGCAGGAGUUUAGAGAGUUCGCUAGGGAUUGGGAUUUCGAACAGGUUACUAGUUCACCGCAUUAUCCUCGCUCGAACGGUCUUGCGGAGCGUAAUGUGCAAACGGUCAAGAAUAUGAUCAUAAAAUCACAAGAAACUAAAACUGAUUUUUACGUGGCACUAUUGAAUUUUCGCAACACACCAAUAUCGGGUGAAAAAUACUCACCUGCUCAGUUAUUGUUUGGUAGGAGAUUAAAUACAAAGUUACCGGUAAAAAGUAGCCUAUUGAACCCUAAGACUCCGGUGAGAAAAGAAAUAUCAAUCAGACGCGAUAUUAAGAAUGACAAAGCGAAGCAAUAUUACAAUAGAGGAACUAGGUCAUUAAAACCAUUAAAAGAUAAUGAGCAGGUGCGUAUUCGAGACCCGACCGAGAUAAACGGCAGAGGGCGCUGGGUGCGCGCGCAGGUGGAGCGCGCCGCCGCCGAGCCGCGCUCCUACUGGGUGCGCACGCCGGACGGCCGCCGAUACCGCCGCAACAGGCAGCAGAUCAUACCGGCGGCGCCGGCGCCGCCUACUGACACUCCUGGCAAUAGUGGCAGUUCAGAGGCAAAUAUUCCAAAAUACUAUUACGAUGACUUGGAGGAGUGUGGCGGAGGUCAAACACCGGGACCACAGAGUCCCCGUGGGCCGCAGGCCACAGCUGAUCAAGAUUCCGCUUUCCGCUACACUCGUUCAGGCCGGCGAAUACGCACGCCGGAUAGGUUUUAG